CAUAGUUCCGUCUGGUAGAAAUACGUCCAAUUAGGAUAGAUUACAUCUUCGAGCGUGUACAAAGUUUUGACUCAAAUCUUGGUUUAUAAAUUAAGUCACGCGCUCCAUGCUGUAUACAUUUUGUUUUAAUCGAAAGAUCUAAGCUUUACAAUACAGACGUUACAUCACAGUAAGAGCCAUCACAUUCAGGACGGAGUUAUCAGUAUUUUAGUCAUGUCUUCACGCCGAUGUUCUCAUAGUAUACCUCCUUUAUGUGCGUGGCUCGUUUUGUUUUGGUUCAAGUUCACUACAAGCCAGUAAUUGAGAAAUCUCUAAUCGAGAUUCCAAAAUGGUGUUGAGUAAAACUGAACUAUCUCGAUAGUGCUAAAAAUAAAAAUGCUAAAAUUAUGUUAGCUCAAAAAUGUUCUCAUUUUCCGAUCCUCAGCGCUAUUGUACUACUGCUAAUUACGAGAGUAAACACCAAAUCCGAGUCUUUACCUGAAAAUUAUGAGCCAGAUCAUAAAACCAUAAGGGCGGCGAUGGAGGAACAUAGGAUACUUCCCGAUAUCCAUAAAGUACCUAUAUCCCACAUACUUAAGACCAACUUCAAGAGUGGGAAGUUUGCAAUGAUGGGAAAUGAACUCUCUCGAGAGGAUACUAAAGAACUUCCCCAGAUCGUCUACCCUUAUCAAAACGACUCUUAUUACGCCAUCGUGAUGUCAGACUUAGACGCACCAACUCCCAAUAUGCCAUUUUUAAGGGAGUGGCAGAACUGGCUGAUUGUGAAUAUUCCUGGAGGUAACCUUCCGGCCGGAGAAACAUUAAGUGAAUACAUUGCUCCGGCAGAAGAAACGGCAAGUGAUUAUAUUGGGCCAGGAAGUAAAAAUUUCACUGGAAAACACAGGUAUGUAAUAACAACAUAUCGUCAGCCUGGACCGAUCAAAUUCGACGAGGAUCACUUGGAUAACAAAUCCGAUUACGGACGGAUCUGCCAUUCGACCAAUAUGUUUGCCACGGAUAACGAACUUGGAAAUCCUUGGGCUGUGAAUUUCUGGUAUACGGCUCACGAUACAAAGCGAUCGUAGUCAAUGACACUAAUGACAGCAUUCUAAGAAAACCACUUUGUUCACCCAUGACGUCUUUCAUGGACUUAUUUUAACAUGGAAAAUAAUGAUACACUCUAAAAAACUAGUUUCAUUUUAAGGAAGAAUGUUAAAAACAAGCUCAAUACAAUCUCAUCACUAAUAUCAGGAAAAAGUCUCAGUCCUUCGGAAUAAUUGGAGCCAGUUUCCCCUUACCUCACAAUCUAUCUACAAAAAUACCGAGAAAAAGUCUUAAUACUCAAGGCCACUAUCACAGCUCCACGAAAAGUUUUCAAUUUGUGUCGAUGCUUCAAUAAAAAAUUGCUCAAAA